AUGCGUCGUUUUGCGCGUCCAGUUCCACCAGCGUUCCGCGUACGACCAGUUGCAGCAUCUCUUCAACGCAGGGCAUUUGCGUCGAAUCUGGACGCGGGUUUGCCUCAGGUUCAGCGCAACAAGGUUGAGAACGGGGAGAAGAAGAGUUUGGGGCCUUUUGAUCUUUCAGGGAAAGUUUUUGUCGUUACAGGCGGAGGUGAUGGCCUCGGACUAUGUAUGGCAGAAGGUCUCGUAGAAGCUGGCGGUAGAGUCCACUGUCUCGAUCGAUUACCAGAGCCCUCCCAAGCCUUUCAAGAAGCACGAGCACGAGCAAACAGCUCCAAUGGCGCAGGUCUAGAAUACCAUACCGUUGACGUCACACACGACGAUGCCAUUCAAAAAUGCAUCCAAGAUAUUGCGGAUCAAAAACAAAGACUUGAUGGUCUCAUUGCAGCCGCAGCAGUCCAACAAGUCACCCCAGCCCUCGAUUUCCGCAAAGAAGACAUCGCCAAAAUGCUCGACGUAAACUUCACGGGCGUCUUCCUCACCGCCCGCGAAUGCGCCCGCCAAAUGCUACGCUACAAAAUCCAAGGCUCAAUCUGCCUCGUCGCAUCCAUGAGCGGCACAAUCGCCAACCGGGGUUUCCUGGCCCCGGUAUACAACUCCUCAAAAGCCGCAGUCAUUCAGCUCGCACGCAACUUGGCUAUGGAGUGGGGAAGGAAGAACGAAGAUGGAGCUGGGGGCAUUCGAGUUAAUUCGCUGAGUCCCGGGCAUAUUGUUACGCCGAUGGUUCAGGCGAAUUUCGAUGCGGGCGAGGCGGAUCCCAAGGAGUGGGAGAAUAAUAGUAUGCUAGGACGGUUGAGUACGCCCGAGGAGUAUAAGGCGGUAGGGUUGUUUAUGCUGAGUGGUGCGAGUAGUUAUAUGACGGGGCAUGAUUUGAAGAUUGAUGGGGGUACGACUGCUUGGUGA